AGAAUUGGAGAGACCAACAACCAUGGAUUGUCUAUAUAACGAGACCCAUUGCAAUGCUUCAUCUCCAUCACUUGCAUCCUUGUAACAUCCAGUUCUUCGAAUCUUCGAGCUUCUAGAGCCACUGCUAUAGCUAGCUAGCUAGGACAAAGGGACAAACACCAUGGGGAGCACUCCGGCUGCUGUUCCGGUCACCGUCGACGAGCUCCGGCGUGCGCAGCGCGCAGACGGCACCGCCGCCGUGCUGGCCAUCGGCACGGCGAACCCGGCGAACUGCGUGACCCAGGCCGACUACGCCGACUUGUACUGCCGUGUCACCAACAGCGAGCACGUUGCUGGGUUCAAAGACAAAUUAGACGCACUAUGCGUAUCGGCGUCGGGCAGUGAGAAGCGUUUCUUCCACCACACCGAGGAAAUGAUCAACGCGCACCCUGAAUUCCUCGACCGCGCGACGCCGUCGCUGGACGCGCGCCUGGAGAUCGCCGCCGCGGCCGUCCCAGAGCUCGCCGCGACGGCCGCGGCGAGGGCCAUCGUCCAGUGGGGCCGCCCCGCCACCGACAUCACCCACCUCGUCGUGACCACCAACGCGGGCGCCCACGCCCCGGGCGCCGACGUCCGCCUCGCCGCGCUCCUCGGCCUCCGCCCCACCGUGCGCCGCACCAUGAUCCACCUCAACGGCUGCUCCGCGGGCGCCGCCGCGCUGCGCCUCGCCAAGGACCUCGCCGAGAACAGCCGCGGCGCGCGCGUCCUCGUCGCCUGCGUCGAGCUCACCGUCCUCACCUUCCGCGGGCCUUACAGCCCCCACACCGUCACCUGCCAGGCGCUGUUCGGCGACGGCGCCGGCGCGGUCAUCGUCGGCGCCGACGCCGCGCGCCCCGUCGAGCACCCGCUUUUCGAGAUGGUCUCCGCCUCGCAGACGCUCAUACCGGGGACCGAGCACGUCAUCACCAUGCAGCUCACGGAGCACGGCCUCGACGGCGACAUCGACACCAAAGAGCUCGUCCCUCUCGCCGCGAACAACGUCAAGCAGUGCCUCUCCGACGCGCUCACGCCGCUCGGCCUCGACGGCGGCGAGUGGAACGACCUCUUCUGGGCGGUGCACCCGGGAAGCCCGUUGAUCUUGGACCACAUCGAGAGCGCUCUCCAGCUAAAGCAGGGGAAACUGGCAGCGAGCCGAAAGGUGCUAAGGGAGAACGGCAACAUGCUGGGCAGCACGCUGAUCUUCGUGCUGGAGGAGCAGCGAAGGCGGAUGGAGGAGGAAGGAGACGGAGCCGAGUGGGGGGUGAUGCUGGGAUUUGGACCCGGUUUCACCAUUGAGACCAUGGUGCUCCACGCACCUGAUGACAGCAGGAAGAAGAAUUAGUUCAGAGCAAAGGUAAGUGAACGCAAACACUGAUGUUCUCGGCCAUGUCUGCUAAUGAGGUUCUAAAUGGAUUAGUACGCAAAUGAAGGCAUCAUAGUGGUACUUGUUCCAGAGGUUUCAUGUAUUCGUGCUGUUAUAUUGCUAAACCACGUGUUAUGUUUUUAUCUAUUGUCGAGCAAUGUUUCAUGUAUUCAGAGAAACUUGAGUGGAUGGUACCAUACUACCAUUCACGAUGUAAAAUGUACUGUUGGGCAUUUGUGUGACGUGCGCUAUAUAUGUUCUGCUACUUCACAUUUGAAGGGUUAAUAAAAGUAAAACAGACAGUCAAUUGUUAA